AUGACCACCACAAAGUCGCGCAGCUUUCCUGUCGAUGUCAAUGUGACUGCUGCACUUAUAGAUGACGUGCACACCGACGUCGCCGUUCUUGGAUUCGCCAACUGCGUGGUUGUGCUGAUCACGCAGCUCGCCUCGGUCGGCAGCAUAAUCCAAGCAGUGACGUCGCGAGUCUCCUACAAUAACGGCGAGUUCGGUGAUCUCGUCGAGGUGGAUGACGUGCCUGUUGAUAUCAAGUUUGUGCUGGGCAAUGCCAAUGCAUCCAAGGCAGCGUCGCUGUACCAGAUCUGCGCCAUGCACGUUGCCCAGAGCAGAUACAGGCAGAACCCGCUCGACACCCGGCCGCUGGUGCUGGGCAUCGGGCUCAAGGUGCCGGCUGGGUUCAACCUGCCGCAACCAGAGGAUGGCGACGACGGAUCAGCAGCGGACAGCAGCAUCUAUGCAACUGUGCAGGCGUCGCUGGACGAUGUUGCGACCUUUACCGUCGAUACCAACCACCUUGUGAUCAAGGGCGUAUCAGUCGACCAGGGUUCGGGCUUUGCCGCCGCCGAGUACACGCUGAGCGAGGCUCACCCCGUGUUUGGCCAUGCGCUGAAUGUCUCGCUCAAGGACGCCAAGAAGGAUGCUGAGUUCAAGGUCAAGAUCGAGUACGAGACGACCAAGGGGAGCGCUGGAAUCCAAGUGCUGACGCCCGAGCAGACACUGGGCAAAAAGCACCCGUUCCUGUUCACGCAGUGCCAGGCGAUCCACGCGCGCAGCCUGCUGCCGUGCCAGGACAGCCCGUCGAUCAAGCUGUCGUACUCUGCAGACAUCCGCGUGUACAGCUUCGAGCAAAAGAUCACGAUUCCGUCGUACUUGAUUGCUAUGGCCAUCGGUAACCUGGCCAAGUCGGAUAUCAGCGACCGCUGCGCUGUCUGGUCCGAGCCCGAGGGCAUCGAGGCGUGCGCAUGGGAACCGGCUGAGAAGCUGGUGACGCCGUACUCGUGGGGCCGCUACGACCUGCUGAUCCUGCCUCCCUCGUUCCCCUACGGCGGCAUGGAGAACCCGUGCCUGACGUUUGUGACGCCGACACUGCUUGCUGGCGACCGCUCACUGACCGACGUUGUCGCGCACGAAAUUGCGCACAGCUGGUCAGGCAACCUGAUUACCACUAGCAACUGGGAGCACUUCUGGCUCAACGAGGGCUGGACAACGUUCCUCGAGCGCAAGAUCGUUGCUGCGCUGCAUGGCGAGGAUGCCCGGCAGCUGAGCCACGUGCUCGGCUACAAGGCCCUGAAGGCCGACAUUGAGCUGCUGGGCGGCGAUAACCAGCUGACCGCGCUGGUCCCGAAGCUCGACGACGUGGACCCUGAUGACUCGUACUCGCGUGUGCCGUACGAGAAGGGCGCCCUUUUGCUGUACUACCUCGAGCAGCAGCUGGGCCCGGUCGUGUUCCAUCACAUCACCACCAUGUAUGUGCGCGAAUUCGCCGGCCAGUCGAUCAACACUGGCGACUUCCACAACUUCAUCCUGCGGUAUGUGCACCACUACCUGGACCCUACUGAUGAGGCGAAGAUUGCAGCGAUCGACUUUGAUGCCUGGUUCACCAAGCCGGGAAUGCCGCCGGUCGACUUCAAAUUCGACGAGGCGCCGCAGCAGGCUGCCUUCGAUCUGGCUCGCCGCUGGUGGGACGCCCGUGACGUUGCCGACGCACACACCAAGUUUGAUGCUAAGGAGUUCAGCGAUAUGUCGACGACGCAGAAGGUGAUCUUCAUCCAGACCCUCAGCGACAAGGGCGAGGUGCCGCACUCGGCUCUGGCUGAGGUCGAGAAGGCCUACGGUCUGUCGGGAUCGCGCAACUGCGAGGUGCGCAUGGCCUGGCUGUCGAUGGCCCUGAAGAACAACUACGAGGCCGAGUUCGACAACGCCGUUCGCAUGCUUGGUGAGCAGGGUCGGAUGAAGUACACGCGCCCGCUGUACCGCGCCCUGGCCAAGUCGGGCUCCAAGGGCAAGGAGCUGGCCGAGGCGACAUUCGCCAAGCACCGCAGCUUCUACCACCCGAUCUGCACUCGUCUGGUGGCCAAGGACCUUGGUCUCUAA